CUGUUUUUUGUUGCAGUUCGUGUCUAAUUGAUCCAUUUUAACUACGGAGAAUCUGAUUAGGGUUAACUUGCCUGGGUCGUGCCAUUGAAGAUUUGAAGUUCGAUCUCGCAUUAUUAUAUUGAACCCAUACCGUAAACUGCCUGAAUGCCCUGGGUCAGCCUUUGAUAACGAACCAGAGUCAGAAUAGAAGAGGUGAAUUGCUGAUGUUUUAGGAUCAUUUGAAAUCGGCAAAUCUCAUUUGAGAAGGAAAAAAAGUAGUAGAAACAAAAGGGUGGACCAGCGCCAGUGACAACAGACUUGAAAACAGAAGGGAAGAGGGGGAAUUGGCAAAUCCCAUUUAAGAAGAGAAAAGAGAAGAAACAUAAUAUAAUGAAUAGUUUGUUAUUGCAGGGAGUGUAUAAAUGGAAGAGUGGGCGAUUGAUAGUGAAGGAUGUUAUUCACAAUUCGAAUCGCUUUCUCAGCACUUCAAGAAAGAAUGAAGAAACAGCUGAAGACAUCUCCAAGGAAAAAUGGCAUGUUGAGUGAAGCUGUUUCAGUGUUCUUGGGCAUUAAAGAUGUUGAGUUUGUACCUAGCCUGCUGUGUUGCAACUCAUUGCUGAAUGAUUUAAUAAAGGGGAACAGAUUGGAUAUGUUUUGGAGCGUGUAUAAUACAAUGGUGGAGAAAAAGAUUGCUCCAGAUGUUUACACUUGUACUAAUGUUAUAAAGGCUUACUGCAAGUCUGGGAAUGCUAGGGAGGCCAGAAAGUUGCUCUUUGAGAUGUCAGAGGAGGGCUGCAUUCCAAAUUUGGUUACUUAUAAUGUGGUGAUCAGAGGGCUGUGUGGCUCAGGGCUUGUUGAAGAGGCAGUUGAGUUGAAUAAGACUAUGGUGGAGAAGGGAUUAAGGCCAGAUAGUUAUACUUAUGCCUCGCUCAUAUAUGGGAUCUGCAAGCAAAAGAGGUCUAAGGAAGCAAUGUUGAUCUUGAAGGAAAUGUGCGAAAUGGGUCUGAAACCAAAUGCUUUUGCUUAUACUCCACUCAUUGGUGGUUUCAUGAGAGAGGGUGAUAUAGAAGAGGCAUUAAAAAUAAAGGAUGAAAUGGUUGCGCAUGGGAUCAAUUUGAAUCUUGUGACCUAUAAUAUUAUGCUGAAUGGGCUCUGCAAAGUCGGUCAGAUGGAGGAAGCUAUAAAUCUGAAGGCUGAAAUGGUUGCUAUGGGUCUAUGCCCUGAGACUAAGACAUACAAUUAUUUGAUUGAGGGAUAUUGCCUACAGAAUAACAUGGAAAAGGCUUGUGAAAUAUUGGUUGAAAUGAAAGAACGAAAUUUGGAACCUAAUGCAUAUACUUAUGGCAUCCUUAUCAACAGAUUCUGUCUGACUGGAGAUCCCAAUAAAGCAAUCCAUUUGUUGGAUCAAAUGAUUGAUGCAGAAAUGCAUGUUGCCCGAUGUCUUUUGCUAUAAUUACAUCAUUAUUGGUCUCUGCAAAGCCGGAAGAAUGGAAGAUGCACAUGUUUGUUUAAAUAAGAUGGAGGAGAGGCAAUUAAUUCCUAAUGGCUACACUUAUGAGCCCUUUAUCUCUGGAUACAUGAAUAAAGGUGAAACACAAAU